AUGUCAGGUAGGCGACAAUGUAACUACAGCCUUCAACAACCCACAACACCUUCAAACAAUAACACAACAGUGUACAACUUGACUACAGAGGACAGCAACAGAUCCUUACAAAACGGUUCGACUACAACAGCUAACUCAACUAUUAGCCCAUUUACAAUUACUCCCAAUACCACAGUCGGCGACAAUGUAACUACAGCCUUCAACAACCACACAACACCUUCAAACAAUAACACAACAGUGUACAACUUGACUACAGAGGACAGCAACAGAUCCUUACAAAACGGUUCGACUACAACAGCUAACUCGACAGUUAGCCCAUUUACAAUAACUCCCAAUACCACAGUAGGGUACAAUGUAACUACAGCCUUCAACAACCCCACAACACCUUCAAACAAUAACACAACAGUGUACAACUUGACUACAGAGGACAGCAACAGAUCUUUACAAAACGGUUCGACUACAACAGCUAACUCAACUAUUAGCCCAUUUACAAUUACUCCCAAUACCACAGUCGGCGACAAUGUAACUACAGCCUUCAACAACCACACAACACCUUCAAACAAUAACACAACAGUGUACAACUUGACUACAGAGGACAGCAACAGAUCCUUACAAAACGGUUCGACUACAACAGCUAACUCGACAGUUAGCCCAUUUACAAUAACUCCCAAUACCACAGUAGGGUACAAUGUAACUACAGCCUUCAACAACCCCACAACACCUUCAAACAAUAACACAACAGUGUACAACUUGACUACAGAGGACAGCAACAGAUCUUUACAAAACGGUUCGACUACAACAGCUAACUCAACUAUUAGCCCAUUUACACCUUCAAACAAUAACACAACAGUGUACAACUUGACUACAGAGGACAGCAACAGAUCUUUACAAAACGGUUCGACUACAACAGCUAACUCGACAGUUAGCCCAUUUACAAUAACUCCCAAUACCACAGUAGGGUACAAUGUAACUACAGCCUUCAACAACCACACAACACCUUCAAACAAUAACACAACAGUGUACAACUUGACUACAGCAAACAGGAACAGAACCCUAGGAAAUGAUUCAAUUACAACAAUGAAUACCACAAUAAACACUUUUACAACUUCUCCCAAUAUCACUGCAUUGUACAAUGUAACUACAGCCACCAUGAAUCCCACAACAGCUGAGAAUGUAACCACUGCUAAUGUAUUUCACAACCAAACAUCCCCACACAAUGUAACGACUGCACAUAUUGGUGAAAUACAGCAGAACACAACUGUUUCUAAUACAAACAUGACAACCUUUACUGCUGCAAGACAAGGUAAUGAAACUCUGAACAAUGUAACAACAACCCCAACGUCUGUUGUUGUCAACACCACUAAUCCUACGGUGGCUCAACUCAGCAACCAGACUGGAAAUCACACCACAGUUGGAGUGACUAACAACAUCACAACAACCAACAAAACUGAACCCAACUCCACCGCAACUACCACUGUCACUGUCCUUAAUAAUAACAAUGAAACAACGGGAAUCAGCGUCAACCUGAGUUCAACUGUGAGCAGUUUAACCGCUGACUUCAACCGAACAACCAACAUACCAAAAGUCAAUUUGACGACUACACCAGCUGAACGAGUGUCUACAACCUCUGCCACCACAACGACUACAUCUGUCAGUGGUACACUUCCAGACCAGAUAAACAAUGCUACUGCAAAGGUUUCCACAACUUCUUCAACUACAACUCUAAAAGCCACUACCCUUACCACCACAACCCUAACAAAUACUGGUACCCAAACUACCACAGUAGACCCCAAUCAAAACCAGGAGGAACAAACAAACCAGCUUCUGAAUCAAACGCAGAAUGCAUCUCAACUCACCUCCUCUGAAGUGGAACAGUUAGUUGGGCAGUUGGAGGAACUUCUGGAGGGCCCCACUGUGUCUCGAUCAGUGGGACAAAAGGCCAUCAACAUUGUCAGCAACCUGAUGGGGAGCGACUCAUCGGCCCUCUCUGCAUCUGCUAACAGGCUGAUUCGGGUGGUGGAUGAUCUGGGUCUGAAGUUGGUUGUCAGUGGUGACAGAGCGAUCCUCUCUUCAAACUCACUAGUUCUGGCUGUGAGGACUGUUGAUGGGACCAACUUUCCAACAACAUCUGUGAACAUUUUCAACACAGAUAAUGUGGAGCUCCGUGCUCUCCGCAGAUCCCGGUUCAAGAGGUCAGAUUCAGCUCUGGGGUCUGUUUUCCUGCCCUCCUCCCUCACCUCAGGUCUCAGUCCUGAACAACAGCUGCAGGCCAGCAGGGUCCAGUUCACCUUCUACACCAGAUCUACCCUCUUCCAGGACGCAACAUUAAAUAACCAAACUAUGGUCAGUCCAGUCCUGGGCUCCAGUGUGGCCAAUCUGUCAAUAAGUGAACUGACUGAGAACAUCCAGUUUACCAUCAGAAACAUCAACCCUAUACAUGAAAACCACUCAGCCUCCUGUGUAUUUUGGGACUUCACUCAGAAUGAGGGGAGAGGAAGCUGGAGCUCUGACGGCUGCUUUGUCGUCAACACUUCAGCAGAAGAGACGAUCUGCAGCUGCAACCAUCUCACGUCUUUUGCAAUACUGCUGGAUUUUUCCAGAGACACAAUAAUAGACCGUCGGCAAGCUCAGAUUCUUACAUUCAUCACCUACAUCGGAUGUGGAAUCUCUGCAAUUUUCCUUGCUGUCACCAUACUGACAUAUCUGCUAUUCGAUAAACUGCUCCGAGACAUUCCUGCCAAGAUCCUGGUCCAGCUCUGCAUGUCCCUCUUGCUCUUGAACCUGGUCUUCCUGCUGGAUGGUUGGCUGGCGCUCUACCCGGCCGUCGGCCUGUGUAUCAGCACCGCCUUCUUCCUGCACUACUUCCUACUGACAUCAUUCACUUGGGCGGGGCUUGAGGCCCUGCACAUGUACCUGAGUGUGGUCAAGGUGUUCACUCCUUACCUCAGCAGAUACAUGCUCAAGUUCUCCCUGAUGGGCUGGGGUAUUCCCCUGAUCGUGGUGAUUAUCGUUAUAGCAGUGGACAAAGACAACUACGGCCUCGUCACAUACGGGAGAAACACAGACGGCACGUCAGACGACUUCUGCUGGCUGCGUAACGACAUCGCCUUCUACGUGGGCGUGGUGGCCUACUUCCUCCUGAUCUUUAGUCUGUGCCUGAUUGUCUUCAUCAUGGUCAUGGUCCAGCUCUCCAGGAUAAAGAAGCAGAACCCUCAGAACCAGUCUCCCAACAGAGGAGUGUUGACGGAUCUGCGCAGCAUCGCCGGCCUCGUCAUCCUGCUCGGCCUCACCUGGGGGUUCGCCCUGUUCGCCUGGGGGCCCCUCUACCUACCCUUUGUUUACCUUUUUACUAUAUUCAACUCUCUGCUAGGUUUCUUUGUCUUCGUUUUCCACUGUGCUGUAAAAGAAAAUGUCCGCAGGCAGUGGAGAACGUACCUUUGCUGUGGAAGGCUACGAUUGGCUAAAAACUCAGAAUGGAGUCGGACAGCAACCAAUUACAACAGAAACACGUCGCUUGCAACAGCAUCCAGCACAGCUCCCCACUUGACCUCUCGAAGCCCCUCCGUCGCCAGCGAUGGCACCAACAGCGGUGGUUCUGUGUUUGCUGACAGCGGAAUAUCUGACGGCUCGAGCAGCGACGUCAUGCUCAACGAGAUUCACAGAAGAAAUCUGGCUCUGCAAGCUGUUGAGCAGUGACAACCAUGACGAGCUUUAAUGGUUACAAUUUUGAUCCAGCUUUAUUACAACUAAAAGGACUGUCUCAUAUAAUACAUAAUCUCCUGCGGUUUGGUACUGAAACACAGGAGAAGAUGUUAACAGGGUCCCAAGAAAAUCCUCUUCAGAAAUGAAGGGUUUUAACAGUGUAAUGAAGGAAAGAAGAGGCAGACUGAAGUAUGUCCAACAUGUGCUUCUUUACAUGAGAGGAGAACAUGUGAUCACAGAAUAAUGUAUGGUAGUGUAAGUAUGGAGAAGUUUACAGGAGCCUGUGUUUUAUGACUGAAUGAUGCACUAUUUCAUAUCUGCCGUGGCUUAGUGUGGUUGUUUUUUGCAGGUUGUUUAGCUUGUUUCAAAGCUCUGAGAAUUAUUACUGUAUGCCUUAGAUAUCACGAGAACAUUAGUGAGUCAGACAAGUUAUGUUACUGCAAGGAAUGUAAUGUAGCGUUUCAAGGCCUUUUUUUUGUCUCUUUUGUCGACGAACGCGUGGAAAAAAUUAAGAUUUUUCUGCCUUCGUUGACCUUUAACUCUGUUGUUCUGUAAGAGUCACAAUUUGUGAUUUUACAUCCCCUAUUUCUGGGGGUGAGUUUAAAAAAAACAAUUUGAUCAUAUCUGUCACUGUAACAGUAUUUGAGGGUGUAUUCAUCCUUCUUUGUUAGAUAUUGCUUUGUUUGGCAACAGCACAGUUUUGAUAUUAGACUCAGAAUAGUUGCCUCUAUGCUUUUUAGGAGAUGUUUAUUAAGUGUAAAAUAUGAAAUACUGUAAGAGAGUGGAGAGUAAUGAUUGAUUUCUCGACCUUUUUUAAUAAAUGCUAAAUGCAUGCGCUGAGAGGAGAGCUAAUAAAACUUUAACUCAUUA